AUUGCACCAGACGACAAAAAUACAUUGAAUGCAGUAUUAAUAACAUGAUAUAUCAGUAACAAAACAAAAAAUAUUUUUAUGUGCUUUUUAAAAAAAAAUUGGACUUCAGUAAUUAUUUGUUUAAAUAUCUAACCGAUAUAUUAAAGUCGAAAAAUGCGGCAUACUGUUGAACUUUUGUUUUACCUAGCAUUGAUAACAGCUUCCGCACGUGCAGACUGUCCCCACGAGCGCCAAGGAAUAAAGAGCUGGUCCAGUGCUGCGACAUGGGGCGCCGCUGGUAUACCGAAAUCAGGCGACAGUAUUAUCAUAACAGACCAAAUAAUAAUGGACGUUUCUCCGCCUCCUUUGUAUAACAUCACAAUUGAAAAUGGCGGAAGUUUGACAUUUUCCCCAGAACAAAAUCUUACCCUGAAAGCCGCAAACAUUUAUAUAAACAAAGAUGGCGCUUUGGAGAUUGGAAGUGAGGUCUGUCCAUACCGUGGAGACCUAACAGUCGUCCUUACAGGGAAUCGAGAAUCCCAUGAGUUUGAGAGCCACCCUAAAGCUAUACUGGUAUCUGAGGGAGGAACAUUGGAGAUUCACGGGGCGCCAAGAUUGUCCUGGACAAAAAUAACGGAGACACUUAAUCCAGAGAGAGGAUAUGAUAGCGGAAAUAUCAUGUUUAACCAUCAGUGGGAGGAUCAAUAUAACAGCCAGACUCCGGGAAUGCCGGGUAUUGUCGCUUACACAUUCGGCUUCAACUCGACUGGACAUCCGGUUGUAAAAGACUUUGGAGUGUACGAUGUAAAAUGGCGCAGCGAGGAACUCACUGACCAUAUAAAUAGAGUUUCAGACGGAGAUAUAUUGAUGAUGGCUACACAACAACAGAUUACACUUAAAGAUCCAUCCAAACAAAGCACAGGGGCUUAUGAUGCGUACGAGACACUAGUGUAUGGUAAUGUAACCGGAAACAGUAUCCUAAGGUCACUGCAGCAAGACGGAAGUACUUGGGCUUUUGUCUACCAAAAAGGAAAUCGUGAUAGUUAUUCUGAGGAAACCAACCCAUUUGGUACCACAUCAACAGCCAAAUUUUGUAUGAGUAAGGACAUGAUUUUUACGGCACAAACAGUUGGAGGAUCUAAAACAUGGCAACAGCAAGACAACUUCAUGAUAUCAAACAGGAAUGGUCUUUUCCCAUUGGUUGAGACGCUAGAUGAAGUCACAACAUGGCUGCCAGGUGACCGUGUUGUUAUCGCAUCUACUGACUACGACUGGGAACAGGCGGAAGAGAGGACAAUUGUGUUCUGCCCAGAAUGUCAGAAAAACCAGUUCCGUAUCAACGAGCCAGUCAAGUUUAUCCAUUUCGGGAAAGUUCUUCACGGCGCUGUGGACAUGCGUGCUGAAGUUGGUUUAGUGACCAGAAAUGUGGUUAUUCGUGGAGAAAUGGAAGAUGUAUGUCCGGAAUAUAACGGGAACUGUAAGGACAGUAAAGUCCGUGGACUGGACACAUUUGGUGCUCAUAUCAAGAUUCUUCGGAACUAUGCAAAUGUUCAUAUAGAAUAUGCCGAACUUGUUAACGUAGGCCAACAGACAGAUAACGGUCGAUACCCGAUACAUUUCCACAUGGUCUUUGACAAGAAAGCAGAGGCAACAGUGCCAUAUCUAAGAGGAAACUCGAUCCAUGAUACAUUCGCAAGAUGUAUAACAAUCCACGGCAGCAAUGGUGUUCAGGUGAUGGACAAUUUUUGUUACAGUCACAUGGGUCAUGGUUUUUUCUUGGAGGACGGGGGAGAAAUGAACAAUGUAUUCGAUGGUAACCUUGCGAUGACAACACGAACAGCUACCGGAAGUCUCGAACCUGUAGAUAAAUUCCGUCCAGCAAGCUUUUGGUUCACCAGUCCACUUAACCGAUUUAAGAAUAACGUCGCCGCCGGCGGAGAAGGUACUGGCAUCUGGGUAGUUUUUCCAGACGAACCACUCCCGCCGUCUAGGGAAUAUGGUUUGAUGGAGAAAUUUGAAGCAAAGAAAACAAUGGUGCAAGAGUUUGACAAUAAUGUUGCUCAUUCCCAGGGUCAGUUCGGUGUAAUGAUUGGUAACAGAGAGAAGGAUGACAGAAAUGUUCAAUGUUGUAACCAAUGGCAACCAUUAGAAGACCCCAAGAAUCCGAAAUCUAACCCCAUAAAUAUUAGCCUUUCAAAUAUUACAGGUUACAAAAACAGACACACGAACAUCUGGAUAGAGGGAGGCUAUCUUGACGUGUCCCGUGUGUCGGUUGCAGACAGUUUGAAUGGAAUAUUUGUUACAAAUGAGGGUCAGCAAGACAAACGCGGGGGACGACUAAGCCAUGCAGUUGUUAUUGGCGAUAGUGAGAAUCUUGGCGAGCCCAGUAUAGAAGGAUUUGACAGAAGUUUGCCGCUACCAUGGAAUGAGAAGUUGAGAGUGAAACCCCAUUCCGGGAUAACAAUGUGGAAGGGACCAACUCAGUACAGUGACAUCUGGUUUGAUGGAUUCCAGUCAAAUCAUAUCUACGACAUUGGGGCUAUUGCCAAGAAACGGAACUCGCCUUACUUUUUCUCUGUUACGACACCAUUCAAGAAUAUACAGUAUGCAUUUGAUGACGGGGCAGGUCAAGGUAACCUAGCAAUAUCGGGAGUGAGGGGUGUUGAUGCGGGUUGGGAUUCUGAGAAGGAUGGAGAACAAAUUUCUGGUUUCACUUAUUAUAACACCACGUCCACGGGAGAGGAGAAGUUUUACAUCGUCAAACCAGAUCAUUUCUCAGCCGCAGCAGACGACUGCACUGUCCGGCCUAACUGGAGAUUGGCAAUCUGCACAACCAAAUACGGAAAUAUGCGAGUUCAAGGAGAUUUCGAUAAAGUCAAGUCACAUGGUAUAUUUGUACGAGACGAUUUACCUAGCGCUCAGCUCGAAUUCAAGCUGAAGACCAGAACCGGUCCGCAGGUCGUAUUGGAUGGGAGUCGAACUUACACUUUCCAUACCGUUGGCGAGAUGCCUGGUAGGAUUAAAUUCACCGCCGAUGGAAUAGAAAAAGGCGACAUACUCAGAAUAGGUGUGUGCACGCCCCCUGGUGCUGAUGUUGAAAUACGGAGUUCUGUUCCUGUAAGAAAUGGUCGUGAAAGACUUAUAACAAGAAGUCGUUUUACCAGAGUCAACUCCCUUGACGAACUGGACGUGCCUGAUUCAGAGCUAGACGGGAAGAAAUAUGUCCUUGACGAUACCACUGGAAUGUUGUACUUUAAAUUUGUCGGUACUGAUGACCUUGAUAUUGCAACCGGAGAGACCUGCGGCGGUGGACGGUGUCCAGAUUUUACAGUUUUUGUCAGUAAUGGUAACAUGAAUGACGCAGACUGUCGACAGAGACUGUAUGGAGACAAGCUCAAUAUGGCCAAACCUGCACUUCCAACAUUUACAACGCCCAUUACAGCAAACGGUGCUCCACAUCCUCCUACGGGUUACGGUGCCGGUAUUACCCGACCAUUCACAAACCGCGAUAACCCGGUUAACGGACAAUACGGUCCAUGGACUGAAUGGUCCGAGUGCUCAAGAACUUGUGACGAGGGUGUGCAGUUUCGAACACGGCGUUGUGACAGCCCACUUCCGGCAAAUGGGGGAGCGGAAUGUGCAGACAAGCACGUGGAUUCCCGUGUCUGUAACUUGGAGCCGUGUGGUAAUUAUUAGACGUUUUCAGUAUUGAUCUGGAUAAAACAGACCAAUGAAUGACUCUGCAUAAAUUAGAGGGCAAAAUUUAUUCAAAUUUAGUAUAAUGAUAAAAUACUGUGCUUGAUUUUGUUGAAAAGUUCACUGACGUUGUAAUAAGAUUAUAAAUGAAUGUAGGGAUAACGUAUGUUUUUUCUGUGUUAUAACAUCUGCAGAAUCCCGAGGGAUUGGUUGGUGCCCGAGACUGGUAGGG